CAGUGAAUUAUAAGACUGCGUGGAAGCUGGUCCGGGUUUCUGCAAUAGGGAGCAGAGCAAGUAGGUCUUCGGCACGCCACACUUGAAGAGCUUUCCCGCUCGCUUUCUGACGACACUGUCCUUUACCUGAGCACUGUUACACUGUAGUGAAUGUACAGGCAUUCAAAUAGUUUCUACGAAGUCGUAUAUUUAGGUAGGACUUAUGAGAUGAGAACUUACAACCACUAGGCAACCAAAGUCAUUAUCUCAAAUCUCUAAAGUGAAUUGAGUUAAGGGAGGACCUUGGGGUGUCGUGGAAUAAUUUGGUUCGAUUCCCGUUAUACGUGAUGUGGCAAAAAACACUUAUGGAAGGGGAAAUUUCAUGCCUGCAUUAAGAUUUCAAGCGUGUCGUCUACUUCUAGGAAAUGUUCGGAACAGAGAACUUUCUCUAAUACAACGCAGCAUUCUCCGAAGAUUGAGGAACAAGAGGAGAUCAAUCCAAAUCAAUCUUUCUAGGAGAGAAAAUCGAAACUGUUACAUUAAAUCACAAACAACACGAAAGUUGUCCCUUUAUUAUGGAGAUUUACCUACAAGGGGGCUUCUUCGGAGAGGAAGAGAACGAACUUCAUAUAUCCCUUUUCUACUCAAUCAAGAAACAAGAUCGGACGUGAUUCUGGUUCGUCUCCAUUUUAGUAAAACCAUUCCUCAAGCAAGGCAGCCGAUAAGUCAUCGAAAGGUUAGUUUGAAUAAUGGACAGGUCAGCAUAACAAGUUCUCAAGUUUCCCACGGUGAUCUAAUAUCUUUUCCAGAAACUAUAGCCGAAAUACAAAUAAGGAGAUCUUUCUAUAUCGACAUAUCAGUUGGCAAAAUAAUAGGGAAAUUCCUGCCGGUCAGAAUGUGGAGAAGAACCAAAACAGAAUGGUUCCGCUUACUCAAAACAAAGAGGGGGUGCCGUCUACUACUCCAAUCCGGGUUUUUGCAAGAGUUGCGUGAUUCUAUGCAAGAAGAAGACUUAGAAAGAACAAAGAAGUUUGGAUCCGCUAAAGUAUGCUUAGGCAGUUCCUUCGCUGAGCACAACAGAAUGAAGAAGAAUUUGUUUCAUUUCAAAUACUUUUUCUUAUUGAAGAGAAGGAAGGAGAAAAACCGAAAUCCUCCAACUCUUUCCAUAUGCGCUUUUGUUGACAAGUAUAAAGUAUAUUGUAAUUCGACCUAUUGCUCUGGAUCCCCUUUUACUAGGAAGAUAAGAAUCAAAAGGAUCGAACUACCUACUCAUUAUUCGGAGGUAAAUCAUAGAACACCAAAAGCUGUGGUAUCUUAUGGACCUAACUUAGGGAACAUCCCUCACGACAUAAGAUUGAAAGAUCCAAACCUUCCUCUUUAGAGCUGAUAAGUAAGAAAACGUGGCCAAAGCAUAUAAGCCCUCAUAGGGAAAUAUCCAUCCUGGGAGUAUAUCUCUCCUUAUAGAGAGGGUCUCCCUUUGGAUAGAAAUCAAUAUGUAAGACCGUCGCAGUCGACUAUAAGUAUCAGAUUGCUGGCCUGAGAGAAGGCAGUCUCUCUCGGGAAAACAUUGCCCAAUUUCUCUUCUUUCUUUUCA